ACUCUUUUUCCAAAACCAACUCCUAAGGAAAAGCUGCUUAGGCUCCCUUUGCUGGGAUCCUAAGAAGUUACUAGAAGACCCAGCCUAAAGAAGGAGAGCAGGGUUUGAAUCUCAACAAGCUUUUGUUGUCAGGCCAUGUCUAUCCCUCUAGCCUGCCCCUUAACAACAUGGUGACCAAAUCACUAUUUUUAGAGCAUUUCCUAAUUGAAAUCUGCUCUCAAAGUCAGCCCUAGCAAAGACGGUUGGUUUGCCUUGCUCAUCUUCAGUCUCAAAGGACCUUUUAUCCAAAAUCCCCACACAGAAAGGAGCACAAAUGGCCUGAACCUGAUCCAACUGCAGAGAUGGCAGCUGAGUCAUUGCCUUUCUCCUUCGGGACGGUGUCCAGCUGGGAGCUGGAAGCCUGGUAUGAGGAUCUGCAGGAGGUUCUGUCUUCAGAUGAAAAUGGGGGUACUUAUAUCUUACCCCCUAGAAACGAAGAGGAAGAAUCAAAAACCUUCACCACUCUUAACCCUGCGUCUCUGGCUUGGCUGGCUGGGGAGCCAGGACCAGCAGAAGUCGCAAGCAUCUCCCAGAGUCCUCGCUCUCCAGACUCCAGUCAGAGCUCCCUGGCUCAGGAAGAAGAGGAGGAAGACCAAGGAAAAACUAGGAAACGGAAACAGAGUGGCCAGUGGCCAGCCCGGGCUGGAAAGCAACGCAUGAAGGAAAAAGAACAAGAGAAUGAAAGGAAAGUGGCACAGCUAACGGAAGAAAAUGAACGGCUCAAGCAGGAAAUAGAGCGCCUGACUCAGGAAGUAGAAGCCACACGCCGUGCUCUAAUUGACAGAAUGGUUAAUCUACACCAAGCCUGAACAAUUGGAACCAUCACUCCCCAACUGGGGCCACUACCUACCUUACCCUGAAGUGGCUACUGACCACUUUCACACCAGUGUCAAUGAUGUGACCUUCAACACAUGUCCAGUAGGGGGAAGGAUU